CUUUUGCUAUCUAUCUAUAAAUCUAGUGAAGAAAGCGGUUCCAGAGGUGCGGUGUAUUUUAGUUCGGUUGCAGUUCAGGGACUUUACCCUAUUAUAUAAAACCAAAGUUUUCGGUGCUUGUGUGUGAAUCCUGAUUAUACAUGAGCUGGAUUUUACAUACAUGCUCCACAGGCGAAUUACUAAACGUGAUUGGCUUUUGUAAAUCAAGGGGCCUGGCUUGUUUUUUUAUUUUUAUUUAUUAAACUUGGCUAGCUGCGUUCAGCCUACAAUUCUUUAGGACAAUGGCAUUUAUACCUGUGGUUGACUUCGAAGUCUACAAACUUGGUACCAGCGACGUCACUGACAAGAACUUGCAAGAGUUAUGCGAAGGAAUUCGAAAGGCCUUUACUGAAGUGGGGUUUGUGUAUCUCAAAAACACUGGAAUAGAGCAGAAAGAGGUGGAUCGUGUCAUGGACAUUUCUAAGAAGUUCUUCCUUCUUCCUGAAGAGAAGAAAAGACCCUACAGUAGGGGCAGUUACGCAAAUAACGGCAAUCACGGAUGGGUGUCCUCCGAAACAGAAAGUUUAAAUCCUCAACGUCCAGGAGACUUGAAGGAGGCCUUUAAUACUGCAUCCUUACAGCCUGAUAUUAAUUGGCCCUCAGAUGGCUUUCGUGAUACCAAAGUGGACUUUUUCAUGCGCUGUAAGGAGCUCUCUCUCCGUGUACUGAAGGUCAUGGCUCUCAGUUUAGGCCUGGAUUCAGAGGUUUUUCUCAAAGCACACAACUACAUUGGAAGUGAUGAUAAUGGCACCACCCUGCGCUCUCUGUAUUAUGCUCCGGUGAAGGCUGAGUGUGCGAAGAAAGAUCAGAUCCGCUGUGGUGAGCAUUCAGACUAUGGCAGCAUCACUCUAGUCUUCCAGAGCCAAGAGGCAGGGCUACAGGUAUUAAACAAGAAUCAUGAGUUUAUCUCAGUCCCAAGCAUCCCUGGAACAGUGCUGAUCAACAUCGCAGAUCUGAUGCAGAGGUGGACCAGUGACGUGUUUGUAUCUGCUAUACACAGAGUUCUACUACCUCCCGGGAAUGACUCAAGCACAAGGCAGUCGUUGGCGUUCUUCGUGCAGCCGGAUAACGAUGCCAUCGUUAAGUGUUGUGAUGGCUCAGACAAAUAUCCUCCUGUGAACUCUCUGGAUUAUCUGCUGUCAAGAUUCAACCUCAGUUAUGGCAAGAAAUAGAAAUGUACUUCUCCUUACAGUACAUGCGCUUGCAGUCCUGUGUAGAAUGUCACACACCAGAGGCCGCAAUAACGCCCUUCUUCCAUCAGCGUGUCUACAUUCACAUUAAUAUAAUCGUAUUGAUUUGAUCUGAAGUGGGCUUCAAUUUUUUGAUUCAUUGAAAUGUGUCUUGUUUAAUGUCCAAGCUGUGAAAUUUGACUAAUUGUGUAAUUUCUUUUAAUUAGACACCUUCAAUGAUUUAUAGAAUUCAUUUUUAUAGAUUUGUCUGUCCUUAAUUAAAAGUAACAAAAUAAUUAGUACUCAGGGAAUUUGUAUAGACAAAUGAUUUUUAGCCUAAAUAAAAAAAUAACUCUUUAUAUACUUUAUAAUUGAGAGUUGUUUUCUAAUCUUGUAAU